AUGGUAAAUGCAGGCUUGAGUAUAUAUAAUGUUUCACAUGGAGUUCAAUUUCCUUUCGAUCAUAUCAUAUAAAAAAAAGGGAAUGUCCACCUGCACUUCAAAUUUUAAAAUUGAACCAGGCUGAUCAUUUUAAAACGUAAGAAUAUUGAUGCCUAAUUAUAUGCAAUAUAUGUAUGAGAGAGAGAGAGAGAGAGAGAUCGCAACGAUGUUAGAUUCUUGAGAGCGGGACCACAUACUGAGUAGAGCACGAUGAUGUGGGUCAUCUUCUCGUCAUAGAGAUUGCCGAGGCCAAGGUCGGAGAUUUUUGGGUUUACAUCAGCGUCGAGGAGCACGUAGCUGGGCCUCAUGUCCCUGUGGACGGUCCUCAACCGCAACUCCUCGUGCAGGUACAGCAGCCCCCUCGCCGUCCCGACGCAGAUCUCGUACCACGCCGCUCACUCCAGCUGCAACCCUCCGCCGCUCCUCCCUGCAACUCCGACGGUGGCGGCGCCCACCAGCCGCUUUUCGGUUCCGUAAACAGAAAAGAAAAACAAGAAAAGAAAAACAAGAAAAGAAAAGAAAAGGAAAGAAUGAAGGAAGGAAGGAAGGAAGGAAGGAAGGAAGGAGGAGGUGAUUAG